CCCAUAAGAGUUACGAUGCCCUUGCCACUCAAAGUCCUCUUCUUCCUCAACCUUGUUUUAGUUUCUUCUUUCAACUUCAUUGCUUCGACUGCUUCUUCAAUAUCUGCAACAGCUCCUGUAGGAGUGACGGAAGUAGAGGCACUUUUAGUAUGGAAGGCUAGUCUUGACAAGGAAAGUCAAUCCACCUUGUCUUCUUGGGUCGGAACCAGGCCCUGCACUUGGAUAGGGAUCAUUUGUGGUUCGUUUGGGAGCAUCACUCAUCUAAACCUUUCCUCUUCAGAUUUGAAAGGGAAGCUAGAAGGUUUGAACUUCUCCCUUUUUCCCAACCUUACUCAUGUUGAUCUUAGCAUUAACUCACUCUAUGGAAGUAUUCCUUCGAUAGGAAAUUUAAUAAACUUAUCUGUUCUUUACCUUUACAACAACAAACUCUCUGGUUCCAUUCCCCAAGAAAUUGGGUUAUUAAGAUCUCUUUCUAGCCUUGCAUUGUCUAACAACAAUUUCACAGGUCCAAUCCCUGCUUCAAUAGGAAAUUUGACAAACUUAUCCUUUCUUUACCUUUACAACAACAAACUCUCUAGUUCCAUUCCUCAAGAAAUUGGAUUGUUAAGAUCACUUUCUGAUCUUCAAUUGUCUUACAAUAAUUUCACAGGUCCAAUCCCGGCUUCAAUAGGAAAUAUGAUACACUUAUCCGUUCUUUACCUUAAUAACAACAAACUCUCUAAUUUCAUUCCUCAAGAAAUUGGGUUGUUAAGAUCUCUUUCUGAUCUUGGAUUGUCUGACAACAAUUUAACAGGUCCAAUCCCUGCUUCAAUAGGAAAUUUGACAAACUUAUCCAUUCUUUACCUUUACAGCAACAAACUCUCUGGUUCCAUUUCCCAAGAAAUUGGAUUGUUAAGAUCUCUUUCUAGCCUUGCAUUGUCUGACAACAAUUUCACAGGUCCAAUCCCAGCUUCAAUAGGAAAUUUGACAAACUUAUCUUUUCUUUACCUUUACAGCAACAAACUCUCUGGUUCCAUUCCCCAAGAAAUUGGGUUGUUAAGAUCUCUUUCUAGCCUUACAUUGUCUGACAACAAUUUCACAGGUCCAAUCCCUGCUUCAAUAGGAAAUUUGACAAACUUAUCUUUUCUUUACCUUUACAGCAACAAACUCUCUGGUUUCAUUCCCCAAGAAAUUGGAUUGUUAAGAUCUCUUUCUAACCUUGCAUUGUCUGACAACAAUUUCACAGGUCCAAUCCCAGUUUCAAUAGGAAAUUUGACAAACUUAUCUGUUCUUAACUUUUACAGCAACAAACUCUCUGGUUCCAUUCCUCAAGAAAUUGGGUUGUUAAGAUCUCUUUCUAGCCUUACAUUGUCUGACAGCAAUUUCACAGGUCCAAUCCCUGCUUCAAUAGGAAAUUUGACAAACUUAUCUGUUCUUAACUUUUACAGCAACAAACUCUCUGGUUCCAUUCCCCAAGAAAUUGGGUUGUUAAGAUCUCUUUCUGAUCUUGAAUUGUUUGACAACAAUUUCACAGGUCCAAUCCCAGUUUCAAUAGGAAAUUUGACAAACUUAUCCGUUCUUAACCUUUAUUACAACAAACUCUCUAGUUCCAUUCCUCAAGAAAUUGGUUUGUUAAGAUCUCUUUCUGACCUUGAAUUGUCCAACAACAAUUUCACAAGUCUAAUCCCAGCUUCAAUGGGAAAUUUGACAAACUUAUCUGUUCUUAACUUUUACAGCAACAAACUCUCUGGUUCCAUUUCCCAAGAAAUUGGANAUAUUAGUUUGCAGAUGUACCCAUUCUGA